AUGGCUGGGAAGGUGCUGUCUUUGCUGCCGCUGCUGCUGUUAGCUGCAGUGGGCCUCGUCGGUCUGCUCCUGCUCUGUAUCCGCACCCAGGACGUCCAGGAACCCCCCCGCCUCAAGUACGGCAUCGUCCUGGAUGCUGGCUCUUCACACACCUCCAUGUUUGUGUACAAGUGGCCAGCAGACAAGGAGAAUAACACUGGUAUCGUGGGUGAGCACAGCUUCUGUAAUGUGCAUGGUGGGGGCAUUUCCAGCUAUGCAGAUAAUCCCCCCAGGGCUGGCCAAAGUCUCGUUAACUGCCUGGACAAGGGGCUUAAGGACGUGCCUAAGGAGCAACAUGCCGACACACCCCUGUACCUGGGGGCCACUGCAGGCAUGCGGCUGCUCCAGCUGACCAAUCCCCAGACCUCAGCCAGAGUCCUUGAGAGUGUGACACAGACACUGAUUAAGUACCCCUUUGACUUCCGGGGUGCCCAGAUCCUGUCUGGACAUGAUGAAGGGGUGUUCGGCUGGGUGACCGUCAACUACCUGCUGGAAAAUUUCAUCAAGUACAACUGGGUGGGCCAGUGGCUCCAGCCAAAGAAGGGGACACUGGGCGCCAUGGACCUAGGGGGUGCUUCGACACAGAUCACCUUCGAGACAGCCAGUCAAGCUGAGGACCCAGCCAGUCAGGUCCAGCUGAGGCUCUAUGGCCAUAACUACCGCGUCUAUACCCACAGCUUCCUCUGCUACGGGCGGGACCAGGUCCUCCGGAGGCUGCUGGCCAGAGUCCUGCAGGACAAAGGCGCCCACCCAUGCUGGCCGAGUGGCUAUACCGCCCAGGUGCACCUCCAGGAUGUGUACGGGUCCCCGUGCACAGAAGGCCAGCGGCCACACACCUUCAACAGCAGCGCUAGUGUCCGCCUGUCAGGAAGCAGCAACUUUACCUACUGUCAAAGCCUGGUGGCAGAGCUGUUCAAUCGCUCCUUUUGCCCUUUUUCUCACUGCUCCUUCAAUGGGGUUUUCCAGCCCCCUGUAGCUGGGAACUUCAUGGCCUUCUCUGCCUUCUUUUACACCAUAGAAUUCCUGAGAACUGUGAUGGGAUUUCCCGUGGCAACCUUGAAGCAGCUAGAGGUGGCUACGGGGAGGCUCUGCAACCACACCUGGCACCAGUUGCAGGACCUGGUACCCAAGAAUGAUUCUCGCCUGGCCGACUACUGUGCGGUGGCCACAUUUGUGCAACAGCUGCUGAGCCAUGGCUAUGGCUUCGAUGAUCAUGCUUUCCGUGGCGUGACUUUCCAGAAAGAGGUCCGGGACUCAUCUGUAGGCUGGGCGCUUGGCUACAUGCUGAACUUGACCAACAUGAUCCCAGCCGAACCACCGAGGCUGCGCAAGAGUUCAGAGUUUGGUUCCUGGGUGGUCCUCCUCUUGCUGUUUUCCUUCCUGCUCCUGGCUGCACUAUUCCUCCUGCUGCGCCGGGCGCGCGCUGCCAAGUCAUCAAACAUCAGCUAG